UUACGUCUUACACACGUGAAUAAACAGCACGGAGCAGACCUGCUGGCCACCUUCCGAUCAUGAAAGGGCUGGAAAAAAUACUAAGAGGAAUUAUAAAAUAUCAGAUUACUGAUAAGGUUCGGGUGAAAUUGAACCCGCAAAAUAUAAUUGAAUAUCCCACUCCUAAUUUCCUGUUUAUUUCCUGCAUUGAUAACCGUGUUCUGCCAUCACAAUUCACCAAAAUAGAUUGUGGUGAUGCUUAUAUUGUUCGAAAUGCAGGUAAUCUGUUUCCUCCAAGAGAUGCUAUUACAUUCAAUACUGUGACAGCUGAAGCUGGUGCAAUCGAAGUUGCCUGUCACCUCAACAACGUACGACAUAUAUUUGUGUGUGGACAUUCAGACUGCAAGGCCAUGAAUCUUCUGUUCAGUUUAAAAAAUCAAUGCCAUACACAUGCAGGGACUCCUCUUCAAAUGUGGUUAAAGAAAUAUGGUGUUGCAAGUGUUAGAAAAUUUGACCAACUGGACAGUAAAUUUGUUGGACCUCUUACUUUCCAAGGCCGAUUUAGCCAACUCAAUUUCCAAGUAAAUAUUGAUCCAGAAAACAAGUUUCCUAUUGAAGAUAAAUUAUCUCAGGUAAACUGCCUUCAACAACUGCAACAUAUUGCCACUUUUCCAAUUCUACACGACAAGCUGUCCAAGAACCAAAUUCGUCUCCAUGCCAUUUGGAUCGACGUUCGCACGGGUAACGUUUUCAUCUUCAGCCGAGAUGAAAAACAAUUUGUUGAGAUUACUGACCGGAACUACUUACAGCUUGUACGUGAGUGUUUCCCUGUUGAUUAGAAACUGAACAUCUUGAUUGAAACCAAUUGCUCAAGCAACUAAACAGACAUUGUUGUAAUACUGCCCCAAAAUGAUGGAAGUUGUUCUUUAUCUGAUAUCUGUCCCAUCAGUCUAUGUCAUCAUUUUUUUUCCAAAUGCUUGAUUUUUUUUUUUUGGUUUUUUGUUUAUUAUAUUAAUAGAACUGAAAGCAAUUACGGUAUUUCAUCAUAGAUACUAGAAAAUAUUAGAAUGUGUUCCAAGAUUUAAUAUUUCUAGAAAAUGGUAA